CCGGAUGGCAAAUAAAAUCGCGGCAAGAAAGCGAAAGAAUACGAGCGCAGGUCAGGAUCCAUUGGUAGAGAGGGAGAGAGACGAGAGCAGACGAGGAAGAAUCGACUUCUAGCCCCUGCCCUAGACUCCAUGCUCGUCGUCUACCCACAGAGUUUUCAGGUUUAGUCAAAUUCGGGUUUCUACCCGUUAUAUUAUCGGGAUAUGGUUUCCGGAACAGUACUUUUCCAUGAGUAUGAUAAUUCCUUAUUUUCACGAAAAAGGUGUAAAGUGACGGAGAUUCAACAUCAAGACCCAGAUAUAUUAAGCUGUGAGUGUAAAUAUGAUUGUUUCCCUUUAUCUUCACAGCUUAGCACGGAUGGUCGAUCCUUCUGCAGGUGCAGGGAUGGUGCUUCUAUAUCUUCACGUUGCAUCGAUAUUGAUGAAAAAAAUGGUUCAUAUUCAUCAGUAGAUAUGAGCUUCCAGUUGAACGGCACUAGCCCUGAUGUUCCAGAAUGUUGCAGUUCUGAGGGCUCCUCAUUUCAAGAUAAGGGUUUAUCUGGGUAUUCUUUGCCUACUUGUGUAAGUGGUUGGAUGUAUGUUAAUGAACAAGGUCAAAUGUGUGGCCCCUAUAUCCAAGAACAGCUUCAUGAAGGUUUAUCUACCGGUUUCUUGCCAGAUGAGCUUCUUGUAUAUCCUGUUUUCAAUGGAGCAUUGACCAAUCCUGUACCACUCAAAUAUUUUAAGCAGUUUCCUGAUCAUAUUGCAACCGGUUUUGCAUAUUUGAAUGUGGACAUCUCCAACGUGGGUAUUAAUGGGACUCAUUCUGAUACUUGUAAAAUUGAUUUGGCUAUGCAUAGGCAAGAGGGCUCGGUGGAGUAUGGGAAUCCACGGACUCUUUGUCAUGAUUCACAAUCUGGCCCUCUAAGUCUCAGAUAUGAAAAUGGUGGCUGUAAACAGGCUUCAAAUUCUGAACUAUUUUGCUUAACUACUUCCAAUCUUCCAUCGUCAGUUGAAGGAUCCUGCUGGUUGAUUAUGGAUCAUACAGGGAGGAAACAUGGUCCUUAUUCUCUUCUACAAUUAUAUUCUUGGCAUCAGCAUGGAUACCUGAAGGACUCAGUAAUGAUAUACCAUAUUGAAAGCAAAUUCAAACCCUUCACAUUAUUUUCUGCGGUGAAUGCAUGGAAAGCUGCGAUACCUCCACCUCUAUUCUCAUCUGAUCUCAAAACCAAUGAGAGUUAUUCUUUACUGAAAUUUAUAUCUGAAACUUCUGAAGGAGUUUCAUCUCAACUACACGCUGGAAUAAUGAAAGCAGCACGCAAAGUGGUGCUUGAUGAGAUUGUUGGCAACAUCAUUGGAGAUUUUAUCACCGUGAAGAAAUCUGAAAGACAAAUUAAGGUUGAACAAACCAACCAGACUAUGAAGGUUUGCUCUCUGGACAGUAGAAUGUCAGAAGUUACUAGAGGAGGGGAUUUUCCUGCUGAUUCUAUGCCAGAAACACGAGGCUUUUUUAGUGUUCCCGAGAAAGUUUCUACUGAUGUUGUUCCUGUUCAGUCUGUUAAAUUCGUUGGCAGCAUCGAUAAUUUUAGGGAGACACAUGCAGUUAUUUGCCGAAUGCUUUUUGACUACUCCUUACAAGUAGUUUGGAAUGCUGUUUCUUAUGAUACAGUGGCAGAAUAUUCAUCUAGGUGGCGGAGGAGAAGAUUUUGGUCUUAUCGUCCUCACUAUAGUUUAGCUUCUAGUGGAUAUAGAGAUCGUGUCAAAAAGAUUGAAAAAACACCUGCUGAAGCUGCUUUACCACGGAAAGAAUCUUCUCUUCAUGGUGUCAGUUCCGUAUCAGUUUCCAAGUUUAAGGGAGCACAGACGGAAAACUAUGCACGCUCAGCUGUUAUAUCUCUGUCAGUUCCUGUUGGACACAAAUCUUCUAGGCCAACAAGCCAUUCUGGUUGUGAGAGGCCAAAGGGAGAUUUGAAAUGGAUGGUGGAAUACCUCGAAAAAGAGCUUCAUUCCUCUGCAAAGGUAUCUAUGGCCGAGUAUAUUCGGGAUAUCCUUGAGGAAGAAGUGAUAAGUUCAUGUAACACCUCAACAGAUGUCAAAUUAGAUAAGGUUGCUCUUGAUGUAUCUAUUCAAUGUUCUAGUAUUAACAAUUACUCGAACUCCUUUGGUGAACUGCAAUGUGAUUCAGACGAUACACGUGGGGGUAGAAAUUUGGGUCAACUUAAACUAGCUCCGUUGCCAGAGGUUAAUCUGUCUAAUGAUACAGCGUUGAAUUCUGUUGCGAAUUCAUUAUAUGGAGUUUUCAAAGAAAUCUGUACAAAUGAAGGUUGUGCUUUUAAUGAAGAUUGCAAUGAAUUGCUAGCUCCUGGUCUUGAGGAAAAUCCUACCUUUCUCAUUCCAUCUCCUGCUUGUAAAUUUCGUCCUUCCAGCUCAAAUAAGUGCUAUCCUAAGAUUGAAGGAUACAUUAUGCUUGCAAUAUGCAGGCAGAAAUUACACGAUGCAGUUCUUAAGGAAUGGACUUCGUCAUACAAAGACGAUCUUCUUCAUCAGUUUAUUUCUUCGUGGAUUGCAUCAAAGAAACAUUGUAAUCCUAAUGGAAUUGUGGAAGGAGCAUGUGAUGGUGGUGAGGCCUCUAAAGUACCGGACAAAUUAAGGGAAGGAUCAGAACGCUUCUUGGAGUCUUCUCUUGUAACUGGUAAUUAUACUUAUUACCGCAAGAAGUCAUCGAAGAAAAAGUUAGGAUCUUCAGAUUGUGCUACUGAGGGUAGUCCUGUUGUACGAAAUCAACCAUCUGAAAAGUCAAAGAAAGAAAAUGUUUCUGUUGCUGUGUGUGAGGCUACUGACUCUGAAAUUGCUUCUAUGACACUUAAAUGUAUUGCAAAAAAUAAAAGGAAAAGGGACUUGUCUAUUAAGGCCACCUGCAAGCAGACUUGUGGAGAAGUUACAUUAUCCAGUAGUCAUUCUUCUGGGAAAACCAUAUGUGGUACUAAAAAGUUAAAAUUUUCACCUCUUGUUAAAGAUGAUAAUGCCAAGAAGGAUUCUGUGAAACAUGGGAAAGGGAGAAUGAUAGGUUCACCAUUGAUGAUAAAAAAUGUUGACCAUGUUAUGAACAAAUGUGAUCGUGGAGUUGGUGCCCAGGAAAAGCUUUCUGUGAAUGUAUCAAAGAUAAAGAGGAAGCAGAAGGUUGAUGAGGCAUCCUUGCCUUGUAAUAAGGUCUUGACAGUUGCAGAUGAUUUUAGUAAGCAAGCAGCAAGUAAGAAGGUUGUAGCUCAAAAGAAAAAGUCUGAUAAAUCUAGGAAGUUAAACAUCUCCAUUAUGUCGGAUGGUUGUGCUCGUUCAUCAAUUAAUGGAUGGGACUGGCGUAGAUGGACACUGAAAGCAAGUCCUGCUGAGAGAGCUCGUAAUAGGGGUUUUCAAUAUUUUUAUUCUGAUCCAAUAGGUCCCGAUGUCAGUACAUCUCAUUUGUCAAAUGGCAAAGGCCUUUCAGCACGAACAAAUAGAGUGAAGUUGAGGAAUCUUCUUGCUGCUGCUGACGGUGCCGACCUUUUAAAAGCAUCUCAAUUAAAGGCAAGGAAAAAACGUCUCCGCUUUCAACGUAGUAAGAUUCAUGACUGGGGUCUAGUUGCCCUGGAGCCGAUCGAAGCAGAGGAUUUUGUAAUUGAAUACGUUGGUGAACUAAUUCGCCCGCGGAUUUCUGAUAUAAGGGAACGCCAGUAUGAGAAGAUGGGAAUUGGAAGCAGUUAUCUUUUUAGACUUGACGAUGGUUAUGUGGUUGAUGCUACGAAGCGUGGGGGUGUUGCACGAUUUAUAAACCAUUCUUGUGAGCCUAAUUGCUACACCAAAGUUAUAACUGUUGAAGGUCAGAAGAAAAUUUUCAUCUAUGCAAAACGACACAUAUCUGCUGGUGAAGAAAUUACAUACAAUUACAAAUUUCCUUUGGAGGAGAAGAAAAUUCCUUGUAAUUGCCGUUCAAGGAGGUGUCGGGGAUCACUAAACUAGGAAAGUUCGUGCACUUUCCAGUGGACAUGAAGUCUUUUCGAAAUUGUGCGGUCGAAGUGUGGACCUAAAUUGUCUUCAUUUGCCAAGUGAUGAAGGGUUUUGCAUACUGCAGCUGAAUGCUUUUCAGGGUACAACUCUAUCAUGCCUCAAAUCGCCCUGCUAAAGUUGGUCGAGGUAAUUGAUUAUAUUGUUGGUAGAGGACGGCCGAUUGUUACGCGGGAGAUACUUGGCAUUCCAGUGAUGAAUUUCUGACCUUGUUCAUUCUUAUAGAUAUCUCUAUAUUGCAGAUGAGUCUCUCCUCUUAGAUACUGUAAAGUCAAUUUUUGUUUUGCUUAGACAAGUCUUGGAUAUUGAUUCUUUGUACAGACAUGUUUAAUUGUUAUUCAAUAAAAAGAUAAAAUGAGUAUGCUGACCAACCUUGGGAGUGGUACCAUCGCAAAAGUCGGGCAUUUGGUAUUUAACGAAACAAUAAUUGCAGAUAUUCAUCCUACCCCACCCCUCCCGAAAAAAAGGAGAAUAAAUUCCGAGCAACUGAUUUUACGAUGACCACGGUUCCAUGAUUGCAAUAUACAUCUUUUUUUAAUAUUUAGAACAUGCAUAUUGCCAAUGUGCAUCAUUUUUCGUUUUGGAUUAUGUUUCUUUUUGUGUUUUUUUGUGGCUGUCUUCAUUAUUGUUCUUCUAUCGGGACUAGUUUGAAGCUCGUUGGGUUUUCCUAGAAAAAUUGUUCCAAGGAAAAGCACAGAAAUGCUUGUCAAUCUUCAUGGCAAAACAAUUCAAAUCAAUGCUCUUAUCGUAAAACUUUCAGAUACUUGGGGACGAAUGUGAUCAAGUUCUGCUUCCAAAAAAUCAUUAUAUUAUCAUUAGCAAUCUUACGAGUAGAAACACUUUAACGAGUUGGAAUUUUAUUUGAUUUUAUUUACCAUGUCCAAUAUUAAUUUGAUAAGCAUUAAGUUGCAGCUAUUUUUAGUGGAUUCUUCUUUUUAAGGUUUCUUACCAUCGCAGGAGUUGAUAUUCAAUUUGGAACUUUUGCUGCCGAGAGAGUUGGGGUUGACAUUGCCUCUCUGGUAUGGCCUCUCUUCCCUUCAAACCCCAUCCCAUUCAUUUGUUUGGUGUCGGUUGGGUUCUUUUCCUAACAUGUCAUUUUUCGGGCGUUAGUAUCAAUUUAUCCGACUUUAACUUAAUUACAACCCAACUAUACCCUAAUUAAAAUUUGUGAUUAAUAUUUGGGAACAUUAAUCAACAAAUCCUUGAUUUAUGGGAACAUUAUCAUGGCGAUGUGGACUCAUCUAAAAUUUAUAUCUAUCUUUAAAAAUGGAAAAAUUAGGCAUAAAUAUAAGAGCAAUAUUUUUUUCCAAAAAAUCAUGACGAAUUAUGAGAGCAAUACAUUUUCUUGUACUUUUUCCAUAAUUUUGAAAUAUUAUACUUUCGGAUAUUUAACGAUUUAUCACGACAUAGUUACCAAUGUAUUUGAGAGGCCGGUGGUGAUGAUGAGUCUGAUGUGACUUGCCAAUUUUUUUUUUUUUUUACUGAAGACGCAAAAUUGUUCAUUGUAAUGGCAAUCAUGUAGAGCAAAGAAGUAAAGGACUGACGGCCAUGCAGUAAUGGCUUAUGGACUUGUGCAAUUCUGUUCAUAUUAUUAAUUACAUCUUUGACCUUAUUAAAACUUUAAGCAUUGUAAAAGCCUGGAAGCUUCAGUUCUUGGCCUUAAUAAUGCCUUCACUCUUUUCCAAGUCAUUACCAUGGAAACUACAAACUUCCGUAGCCCUCCCAAGAUAAUGCGCCGUCGGUUGAUUAUUGACAAUGUUUUUCAUUGGUGAAUGAAUUUCAUUUUCUAAGUUUGAAGUUCACUUCUGUAGUUGUUGGAUUGAAAGUAUUACACAUUUUAGGGGGUAUUGUGUUAGAUGUUGUAGAAUUGGAAGUUAGAUGUUGUAGUUUAUUUUCUCGUUGAAAAAAAAAAAGAAAGAAAAAAAGUGCACUCGUUGGUGACGAUGAUUCUCACUCAAAGAAAGAAAGGGUGUGGCGAAGAAGCCCAAAUGGCUACUAAGGCCGUUUGUCUCUUGACAUUUCUCCUUUGAUUCGUCCGAGAAUUUUUGUUUUCCCCUGCUCGAGUUUUGCCACUUGGUACAAACUUCGCAAAUUGGUUGUGGCUGUGGUUCCUUUUUUUUGUACCUUUUGGUCGUUUUCAUUUGUAUACCUACUAUGUACGUUCUUUGUUAACCUUUAUACUUUAUAUGUUUGGUCUAUGUUAUUGAGAAUGUCUUUUUCUUUA